AAUCCUCAUUCGGUAACAACCCCCGUACGACUCGCGUGGAACGGCAGUCAGAUCAGCAUGAAUGACAUCCUUCUCAAACGACCCCAUGUUCUAAACCAAAUCAGAGGCGUCCCGUUAAGGUUUAGGCUUUGGAAUGGGGGUUUAGUAUCUGGAGUAGAGUUCAGUGUUUGGGUUUAGGCUUCGGAGUAGGGCUUAGAAUUGGACUGAGCGUUUUAGUGUUGGGGAUUAGAGGUAAGGUUUGGAUUUCGUGUGUGUGUGUUCAAGGUUAAGUUAGGCUUUAGAGUUGUGAUGUCAAGAUCAGAUUUGGGGCAUGGAAAUGAAGAUGCCCUGUCAUGAGUUGUGCGACCUCAUUCCACUCCUCCUUGCGGUCUCGGUGUCUCCUGCUGCUCAUGUGGACGUGAAAGUGCUGCCAAAGUCCCACAUGGCUGUGAGAAUGCUACGUGAGCUCACCGCUACGUGUGAAUCCACCACUGAGGACAGGGCUUGUUUUGCUGGUGUCACCAUGCGGACCCCGCCCCGUGCCUGUCCUAUAAAGACCCCUCGGACUCUGCCUCUCAUCGGGGUUUGCAAACUUCCACCCGAGGGGACGUCAGCGUCAGCCGAGGACCACCGCUGCCACACCUCCAAGCAAACCACCCCAAGCAACAAGCAAGAUGGCGCCUUUCGAGAAGUCCAUGGAGAUGAUGCCCUUCAAGCAGAGGAAGUGUUUGGAAACAAGAAAGGAUGAAGUGUGCAGCAUUCGAUCCAAAUUCCCCAACAAGUUACCUGUGAUCGUGGAGCGUUACAUGCGUGAAAAGUCCCUCCCUCUGCUGGACAAGACCAAGUUUUUGGUUCCCUUUGAGCUCACCUUAGGACAGUUCCUGUGCCUGCUCAGGAACAAGAUCGACCUGGAGUCCAGCCAGGCUCUCUUCUUGCUGGUGGCCGAGAAGAGCAUGUCCUGCAUGUCCUCCAGCAUGGGGGAGGUCUACUCUCGCUACAGAGACCCCGACGGCUUUCUCUACAUCACCUACGCCUCACAGGAAAUGUUCGGAGGAAGGCCGCCCUGCUGAGCCGUCAAGCUCAGGAAGUCCGUUUUGGACAUUUUGAAACACCGCCUGUCACUCCACUCGGGUCCUGUCUUUUUUUUUUGGACGGGACGAGAGCUGCCCAAUGACAUGCCAGUGCAUCGCAUCUUAUGGGAGCACAGCAAGGUAAUUCUCCUCGGAAUUCAGGACAACGUGAAGGAAGAACUUGUUUUUAGCGAUCAAACCCACUGAAAUGUCCUCAUUGUGGCGUCAAAGCCGUGCGCACGCUGCUGGGGACACUGGAGCCUCC